GGAGUUCCCCAAUUGCACUUAGUUAGAUUCCUUGGGAAUUACUAACUUUUAGAACAAGCAUUUGUUUUGAGAAGACACCAAAGAAGGUUAUAGACACAUUUGUUCACAUGGUGGAAGACACCACCACACUACCUAUUACGACUAUGGAGGAUGCAAUUGGAUCAAAGAAAUUCAGCAUUGGAUCACGUGGUGAAGAUGAGGCGAGCAGUGUAUUUGAAGCCAUAAAUGAACGGGAAGCCCAACACCGUGAAAGUAAUUGAUGAUGAUCAGUAUAAAGUUUCAAGAUGUGAAGACAAGGUAGUAGAUGAAGAGUUUCCUAAAGUUGACAACUCAAUUUUAAUGGAUACGCUCAAGCUGUUUGACCUUGAUGAUACUAAAAAGUUUGAAUACCUAGCUCCCUUGCGGGUAGUCCGCCACCUGUUUGGUUUUGCCUCAAAUGUCCUCCGUUACGCUUCAAAUGUCAUGAUUUUUAACGAUGGAUCACCCGGAUGGAGAUCUUCUUUGGUUCAACUCUUUCCCUUUUGUCCAGAAACACGAGUGGAAACCUCCACCUUGAGGACAAGAACUCCAAUCUCUCCUCCCUCAUUUCUUGGAGCUCGGAAACGCUCGAAGUUUUCCAUCUUUCUCUACAUCUUCUUCUUGGAGCUUGAAGAGCGCUCGAAGUUUUUCCCCAUCUGAUACGAUAUUCGGAUCAGUACAAGCUAAUGAUUAGUAAUGUAAAUGCAUUUUAACUCUUAUUUCGAUAAUAAAAACAUAAAACUUCUAUUUCGGU